UCUAAAUAAAUAAAUAAAAAUUGAGGGUGGUCAUCUACUACAACAUUGAUCAAGAUCAAGAGUGAUUCCAAAAAAAAAAAAAAAUUAUGAUGAAGAAAGGAAACAUCUGUUGUCAUGAUUGAGAAGAAGACCACCCAAUUCAUUGUCACGUACAUACGUACAUUUUUCGCGAAAAUAAAUUAGCUAGUUUUACGUAGUUUAUAAGGUUAUGUUUUGAGAAAACUCAAAAAAAAUAUAAAAAUGGCAAGCUUGACGGGUGCACCAUCAAAGAAGACAACGCGUACUCCUGGAGGAACAAAUCCAGGAGGCUCUCAGGGUGCUGGUGGUAAAACAGGAAGUUCUAGUGGACAAACAGUGAAAUUUGCACGAAGAACGUCUAGUGGACGAUAUGUUAGCCUGUCUAGAGAAGACCUUGAUAUGUCUGGAGAGUUAUCAGGAGAUUACAUGAAUUAUACUGUUCAAAUUCCGCCUACGCCUGAUAAUCAGCCGAUGGAUACGUCUGUUGCUGCCAAAGCAGAGGAGCAAUAUGUUUCGAAUUCGUUGUUUACAGGGGGAUUUAACAGUGUUACUCGUGCUCAUCUCAUGGAUAAGGUGAUUGAAUCUGAAGUUAAUCAUCCUCAAAUGGCUGGAUCAAAAGGAUCAUCAUGUUCCAUGCCUGCUUGUGAUGGAAAGAUCAUGAAAGAUGAAAGGGGAAAUGAUGUAAUCCCUUGUGAAUGCAGGUUCAAAAUAUGUAGAGAUUGCUACAUGGACGCACAAAAAGACACAGGUCUAUGCCCAGGUUGCAAAGAAGCAUACAAAGUCGGGGAUCUUGAUGAUGAGAUCCCAAAUUUUUCUAAUGGAGCAUUGUCAUUACCGGCACCAGAUGGUUCGAAAGGUAUGAUGAGGAGAAAUCAAAAUGGAGAGUUCGAUCACAACAAAUGGCUCUUCGAGACACAAGGCACGUAUGGAUAUGGAAAUGCUUAUUGGCCUGAUGAAAGGGACGGAGAUGAUGGUGAUGGAGGUAUGAAUAAGACCAUGUUGGAUACAUCUGCUGAUAUACCUUGGAAACCCCUCAGUAGGAAGUUGCCAAUUCCGCAUAGCAUCAUUAGCCCUUACAGGUUGCUAAUUGUUAUUCGACUUAUUGUACUGGGGUUCUUCUUGACAUGGAGAAUACGACAUCCAAAUCCGGAUGCAAUGUGGUUAUGGUUCAUGUCAAUUAUAUGUGAAGUAUGGUUUGCAUUUUCAUGGAUCCUUGAUCAAAUGCCCAAGAUAUCGCCAGUUAAUCGGUCAACUGACCUACUGGUACUACGCGAGAAAUUUGAAAUGCCAUCACCAUCUAAUCCUACGGGUAGGUCAGAUCUUCCAGGAGUUGAUAUGUUUGUGUCAACGGCUGAUCCAGAGAAAGAGCCGCCCCUUGUCACAGCCAACACCAUUCUAUCCAUUUUAGCAGCUGAAUAUCCUGUGGAUAAGCUAGCUUGCUACAUUUCAGAUGAUGGCGGUGCCCUUCUAACAUUCGAGGCAAUGGCAGAAGCUGCUAGUUUUGCUGAUCUGUGGGUACCAUUCUGUAGGAAACAUGCUAUUGAACCGAGGAAUCCUGAAGCGUAUUUUCUCCUAAAGGGAGACCCUACAAAGAACAAGAAGAGAAUUGAUUUCGUCAAAGAUAGACGAAGGGUUAAAAGAGAAUAUGAUGAAUUUAAGGUCAGGAUAAAUGGUCUUCAAGAUUCAAUAAGAAGGAGAUCAGACGCGUUUAAUGCUCGUGAGGAAAUGAAGAUGUUAAAGCACAUGAAAGAGAAUGGGACUGAUCCUGCAGAGGCAAUCAAAGUGCAAAAGGCUACUUGGAUGGCUGAUGGAACUCACUGGCCUGGAUCAUGGGCUGUGCCCAGCAGGGAUCAUGGAAAGGGUGAUCAUCCCGGGAUCCUUCAGGUAAUGUUGAAACCCCCAAGUAGUGAUCCACUAAUGGGAGUGGGUGAUCAAGAUAAGCUAUUGGAUAUUUCGGACGUGGACAUAAGACUUCCAAUGUUUGUAUAUGUGUCACGUGAGAAGAGACGUGGGUAUGAUCAUAAUAAAACAGGUGCCAUGAAUGCCUUAGUGCGAGCUUCUGCUAUAUUGUCUAAUGGUGCAUUCAUACUCAACCUUGAUUGUGAUCACUAUGUAUACAACUGCUUAGCUAUUCGUGAAGGAAUGUGUUUCAUGAUGGAUAGAGGUGGAGAAGACAUAUGUUAUAUUCAAUUCCCUCAACGAUUUGAAGGAAUCGAUCCCUCAGAUCGCUAUGCCAAUCACAAUACUGUGUUUUUCGAUGGAAAUAUGCGUGCACUUGAUGGCCUCCAGGGUCCUAUGUAUGUUGGGACGGGUUGCAUGUUUAGACGGUUUGCACUUUACGGAUUUGAACCAGCAAAUCCUGAUAAGACACCACAAAAAGGUGCAGAGGCUCAAGCAUUGAAAGCCACAGAUUUUGAUCCUGACUUAGAUGUGAAUCUACUACCUAAGCGUUUUGGAAACUCCACAAUGUUAUCUGAGUCUAUUCCAAUUGCUGAGUUCCAAGGCCGCCCUAUCGCGGAUCACCCUGCUGUCAAGUAUGGAAGACCUCCUGGUGCUCUUAGAGCCCCAAAGGAACCACUCGAUGCCACCACUGUCGCGGAAGCAGUUUCUGUCAUAUCUUGUUGGUAUGAAGACAAGACAGAGUGGGGUGAUCGAGUUGGAUAUUAUGGUUCGGUGACGGAAGAUGUGGUUACUGGAUACCGGAUGCAUAAUCGUGGAUGGCGUUCUAUUUAUUGCAUCACCAAACGUGACGCGUUCCGUGGAUCAGCUCCUAUAAAUCUAACAGAUAGGCUACAUCAAGUGCUCCGUUGGGCUACUGGCUCUGUUGAAAUCUUUUUCUCAGGGAACAAUGCCUUCCUUGCAUCCCGAAAACUCAAUGUCCUCCAACGUCUUGCUUACCUUAAUGUCGGAAUUUAUCCUUUCACUUCAUUUUUCCUCAUCAUCUACUGUUUUCUCCCUGCACUCUCCCUCAUAUCCGGUCAAUUCAUCGUCCAAAAUGUCAACGUCGUGUUCCUUGUAUUUCUAUUAACCAUAUCACUCUGUCUCAUCGGUUUAGCCAUCUUGGAAGUAAAAUGGUCCGGCGUUGCUCUAGAGGAUUGGUGGAGAAAUGAACAAUUUUGGCUCAUUUCAGGUACUAGUGCCCAUCUUGCUGCUGUUAUACAAGGUCUCCUUAAAGUUAUCGCAGGGAUUGAAAUAUCUUUUACCCUCACUUCAAAAUCUGCUGGAGAAGACGAAGAUGACGCCUAUGCUGAAUUGUACAUGGUUAAAUGGACAUCAUUGAUGAUACCACCUAUAGUCAUCGGUAUGGUUAACAUAAUUGCAAUUGUAGUUGCAUUCUCUAGGGCAGUAUUUGCCGUUGUACCGCAAUGGGGAAGAUUCAUUGGUGGUGCAUUCUUCGCGUUUUGGGUGUUAGCUCAUUUGUAUCCUUUCGCUAAGGGACUCAUGGGUAGAAGGAGAAAAACACCCACCAUCGUCUUCGUCUGGUCAGGACUCAUUGCAAUAACACUCUCCUUGCUAUGGAUAGCUAUUGGUAACCCACAAAUUGGUCAGGGACAAGGUGUUGCUGGUGCUGGCUUUCAGUUUCCUUAAGUAAAGCCACAAAGGCCAGCCCGAUGCACUACAGACAUCUCGCGACCACAAAAGUCUAUUGUAUGCAGUCUUAC